AUGUAAAUAUAAAAUGCAGCAAUAAUUAAACAAAUAGUCUCCUCUUUAUUGGCAGCUGUAGCGUCUAUGUUGUUGAAAAUAGUUUCACAAUUAGAUUUUAAUUAAACCUUAUAUCUACGAGCUGUUAUAGGAUUAAUCAUACUUUCAAGUGCUGCCAUCUAUUUUAAACUUCAAGUUUAUAAUUUUGAUAAGCAAACUAUGAAUAAUUUAAUUAAUAGAGGAGCUAUAGCUGGAUUUGGAGCAUUUAUGUAUUUUAAAGGAUUAAGCUUGGUGCUUGUAUCUGAAUCAAUCCUUUUGAAUAGGAUGUCUCCUAUAUGGACAUCAAUUAUAUGUAUUACAGUUUAAAAAAAGGAGUAAUUUAAUUCAAGAUUACUAAUAAAUAUGACACUUUCUGGAAUAGGAAUAUUUUUAAUAGCAAAAAAUAAAACAAAUAAUAAUGAAAGUCAAAUCACUGUAGAUACUUAUUCUCAUUGGGUUGGGAUAACAUUGAUAUUAUUAGCAUCAAUAACUUAGGCAAUAGUUAAUAUUUUAGUUAAAUCAGUCAACCAAGAAGUAAUAUUAUUUUUAUCAAUUAGGUUGAUAGUAUAGUUAUUACUUUAUAUUAGGGAUUUUUUGCAACAAAUCUGCCUGUGUUUAAUUCCCUAUUUGAAGAAACUUAGUAAUAAAAUUAAUUAUUUUUAGAUUUAAUUUACCGUCAGUAAAUGAAUCAAUAUUAAUAACAACUGCUUCUAUAAUAUCUUUAUUAGCAGGAGUAUUGUAAGUUUAAUCUAUGAGAGAAGGAAAAUUAAGUAUAGUUUCAAAUGUUAGUCAAAUUCAACUAUUUUUUGGAUACUUAAUUGAUUUUUUUGUUUUCUCUGUUAAAUUCAAUUAACAAUAAAUAAUUGGAAACAUCAUAUUAUUAUCUUCUAUAAUUCCUUUAAUUUGGAAAUGA